AUGGCGCUGCUGACCGGGGACACGCUGGGGCUCCUGGCCGUGGCCGUGGCCGUGUUCCUGCUCCUCGUGGACCUCAUGCACCGGCGAGCUCGCUGGGCCAGCCGCUACCCGCCAGGCCCCACGCCUGUGCCGGGGCUGGGCAACCUGCUGCAGCUCGACUUCAAUAACGUGCCGUACUCCAUGAGCCGGCUUCGGGGCCGCUUCGGCGACGUGUUCAGCCUGCAGCUGGGCUGGACGCCCGUGGUGGUCGUCAACGGAUUCGCGGCCGUGCGAGAGGCGCUGGUGGACCGCGGAGAGGGCUCCUCCGACCGUCCGUCGAGCCCCACCUACGAGCACCUGGGCUUCGGGCCGCGCGCCCAAGGGGUGGUCCUGGCGCGCUAUGGGCACCCCUGGCGGGAGCAGCGGCGCUUCUCCGUGUCCACCCUGCGCGACUUCGGCCUGGGCAAGAAGUCCCUGGAGCAGUGGGUGACCGAGGAGGCCACCUGCCUCUGCGCCGCCAUCGCCGAGCAGGCGGGGCGCCCCUUCAGCCCCGGCUCGCUCCUGGAUAAAGCGGUGGGCAACGUGAUCACCUCGCUCAUCUUCGGGCGCCGCUUCCAGUACGACGACUCUCGCCUCAGCAGACUGCUGGGCCUGAUGGAGCAGUCCCUGAAGGAAGACAGCAAUUUGCUUCGCGAGGUGCUGAACGCGAUCCCAGUGCUCCUGCGCAUCCCGGGGCUGGCUGCCAAGCUGUUCGCAGGGCAGAAGGGCUUCAUGAGCAUCCUGGAUGAGCUGAUUGCUGAGCACAGGCUGAGCCGGGACCCAGACCAGCCGCCCCGAGACCUGACCGACACCUUCCUGGACCAGGUGGAGAAGGCCAAGGGGAACCCGGAGAGCAGCUUCAAUGAGGAGAACAUGCGCAUGGUGGUGUCUGAUCUGUUUUUUGCCGGGAUGGUGACCACCUCGACCACACUGGUCUGGGCCCUCCUGCUCAUGAUCCUGCACCCCGAUGUGCAGCGCAGAGUCCAAGAGGAGAUCGAUGAGGUGAUCGGGCAGGGGCGGCGACCAGAGAUGGCGGACCAGGCCCGCAUGCCCUUCACCAUGGCCGUGGUCCACGAGGUGCAGCGAUUCGGGGACAUCAUCCCUCUGGGCGUGCCCCACAUGACUUCCCGAGACAUCGAAGUGCAGGGCUUCCUCAUCCCCAAGGGGACAACGCUCUUCCCCAACCUGUCCUCGGUGCUGAAGGACGAGACCAUCUGGAAGAGGCCGCACCGCUUCCACCCCGAGCACUUCCUGGACGCCCAGGGCCGCUUCGUGAGGCAGGAGGCCUUCAUGCCCUUCUCAGCAGGCCGCCGCUCGUGCCUCGGGGAGCCGCUGGCCCGCAUGGAGCUCUUCCUCUUCUUCACCUGCCUCCUGCAGCGCUUCAGCUUCUCCGUGCCUGCGGGGCAGCCCCCGCCCAGUGACUAUGGGGUCUAUUCCGUGCUGGUCACCCCCUCCCCCUAUCAGCUGUGCGCGGUGCCCCGCUAGCGGGGUGCAGCCGGCCCCCACCACUCCUGUGCCGGGAACCCCGCUGUACAAUAAACCAGCCUGUGGCUCUGGCCUGACCUGGCCUGCCAGGCCCUCCGCUCUGUCACGCGGCUCUAGACCUGCGUGCAGGGCCGCGGUGGCGCUGGGUGUUCCUCGUGGCCAGUAAGGCUGUUUCACCAAACACCCUCUGGGCUCUCUCUGCUCUGACCUCCUAGAUUAUAACCCUCUUCACCUAGAACCCUUGCCCAGGCGGGGCCUCCUGCUUCCUCCUGUUCCAGCCCGCAGUGCUGUUCUGGUCCCAGCUUUUCUUUUUCCUGAGUCACGGCCAGUUCUUCUUAAAUGAGACACAAAAUGCCUAUGCCACAUAUUUAAAUUUCUAUACUACAAAGUCAUGAAGGUGAAGACAAACGAGAAAUAGGUAUUUGCAGUCUAUGUGGCAAAGGAUUACUACAGGGACUAUUAAAAAGCAUUCCUACGAAUCGAUAAGACAACAAAUGAAAGAGGGGCAAAGAAUAUGAAGAAAUGUAAGCGACCACAUAAAUAGCUCAAUUUCAUCAGUAAUCAAGGAGCUAUUAUUUUCUCCACGUAAAUUGGCAAAAAAAAAAAAUUGAAAGUGACAAUAUUAAAUGCUGAAGUGGAUGAAGGAAACCAGUGUUUUCACUGAUGAGAGGGCAAUUUGGAAAUAUCUAUUAAAAUGCACAUCCCUUUG